AUGAAUAUUUCAUUAUGUAAAUUUUUCAUCAAUCAACAAAUAAAUUUAAUUCAAAAUUUGAGACAUUUAUCAUCUGCGAUUAAUAAUCAACUGGCAGAGCCUCAAUUUGGCCUGCUUUUUGAUAUUGAUGGUGUAUUGACACGUGGAAGAAAAUUAUUGCCAUACACGCGUGAUGCAUUUCGUAAUUUAGUAAAGGCAAAUGGUGAAUUUCGUAUUCCGACCUUGUUCGUAACUAAUGCUGGCAAUGAAUUACGCUUGUCAAAAGCUGCUAAACUCACUCAAAUUCUAGGCAUUUCGAUAUUACCUGAACAAGUCAUUCUAUCACAUAGUCCAUUGAAAUUAUUUUCUGAAUUUCAUACAAAACAUUGUUUAAUUAGUGGACAAGGGCCUAUAGCUGAAAUAGCAAAGAAUUUAGGUUUCACAAAAGUAACGACGAUUGAACAGCUAAGUGAUGCUUUCCCAAAUUUAGAUAUGGUUGAUCAUAAAAAACGACGUGGAUUUCAUUCACCGUUUCGAGAUUAUUUUCUACCAAUUGAAGCUGUCGUUCUAUUCGGUGAACCUGUCAAAUGGGAAGCAUGCUUGCAAUUAAUAAUUGAUGUUUUAAUGACAAAUGGAAAUCCUUCUUCGCCGAUUGUUCGUGCGCCUGUUUCACAUUUGCCUAUUCUAGCUUCAAAUGCUGAUCUAUUGUGGAUGGCCGAAGCAGCACUGCCAAGAUUCGGACAUGGAUCAUUCUUGCAUUGCUUGGAAAAUUUAUACGAAAAAAUUUCUGGCCAUCAAUUACAAUAUACAACUAUUGUUGGCAAACCAAGUGAAGUUACCUUCUAUCAUGCAGAAUAUCUUAUAUCUCGUCAUGCACAUGAACUUGGUCUUAAGCAGCCAAUAAAACGCCUUUAUGUGGUUGGAGACAAUCCAGAUACGGAUGUUUAUGGCGCUAAUGUUUAUAAUCGAUAUUUACAAAGACGAUCUUUGUCUCGCGUAAAUCAAAUUGUUUCACAAACAACAAUCGGUACUUUAACAAGCAGUGGGAAAAACAUUUCUGGUAAAAAUCUAUGGAGUAGUUCAAAUAGUGCUGAACCUGCAGCUGAUAAUAUCGAACAGUAUUAUACAGCUGAAAGUUUAGAAUCAAUACUUGUUUGUACAGGUGUUUUUAAUCGUGAGACAUAUGAUGAAACAUUAGGUAAAAAUCAUGGGCAUCGUGAUAUGUUUAUUGAUGCUGAACUUAGAAAGCCAAAACAUACUUGUGAACAUGUUUUAGAUGCUGUAAAACUUAUAUUUGAUAUUGAACAAUUCCGUUAG